GAAUCUAAACACACAUUGACUCAAUGAUUGACACAAAAUGGCUGCAGUUGUUCGUGUCUUAGAGGUGACUGCUAACAAAACUUCGUUAGCUAGCCAUUUUAUGCACUUGUUUAAAAAUACUAGUAGAAACAAAGUACAUAAUUUGAAAUUGCACACAUCGUCAUCGACAUGUUCACUUACUUUAGCGCUGCAUCAGCGAGCACAUUCAUUCAAUAACCGUAACCCCACAAAGGCACAGCCAGAAACAAUCGCCUCUCCAAAGACUUCUUGCAAAAUUGACUUUGACCCUCUGUUGGUUCAGGAUUUACUCAAUAAAAUGAAAGACGACACUCCACUUUCUGACAUGCCUGACCCUUUCGCUAAAGACUAUCAUCGUUGUUUCUUGUGUCGACAUAAUGUUCAAAUAGAUCACAAAAACAUACGAUUGCUAAGCCAGUUCAUUUCACCCUAUACCGGUCGUAUUUACGGCAGGGCAAUUACUGGUUUGUGCAUACCUAUGCAAAAACAUGUCGCCAGUUUAAUCAAAAGAGCAAGGUUCUCAGGAUAUAUGGCUUACGUAUUUAAAGAUCCAAAGUACUUGCAGGAUCCACAGCCAUACGAUACAAUGGCCAAAAAACAAUAGCAACAAAACAGCCAAUUUUAGAUAUCAUCGUCACAUUAUAUCACAAUUUCUCUUCAAAGAACAGAAUUCUUGCUUACAACUGAAAUCAGAUGUCUAUUUAGUCUAAAUUUCUUAAUCAAUGACAAUUUAUAGAUCUAUUUCUUCAAGGAAAAAAAAAGUAGUGUUUUUAUUAUUUGAAUGUUUUUUAUGAUCAUCUUAUUAUUCUUAGAAGUUCUUUUUACAUGCAUUAAAUAUAUGUAUUAAUUAUAGAUUAUCUAUUACCAUUUUAUCAAUUACCAUACUUAAAAAAUACUUUUUAGGUCUUACAUCUAAAAUAGCUAUUUGUAACUAACUCUCUCUCAUUUUGAUUGAUGUAUGUUAACUUUAAAAUUAAUCUUUGAUGAUUUGUUUUUUAAUGUUGCUUAAUAAAAUAUAUUAAAGAUGUUAAAAAUUUUUUUUUUUCAAUUUUGAUUUAUAUUUAUUUACAAUAAUUCUUUCUGCCCUAAUAUUAAAAACAAAUAUAUAUAUAUAUUAAAUUUUGGCAAAGCAUGUACAGAACUCUAGCUUUUUCUUUGACACAUUCAUAAUUUUAACUUUAUAUUUAUUAAAUGUAAUUUGAUGGUCAAUAGGUCACAUAUUCAAACUCUGGCUUCUUCAAUCCCCUGCUGUCCUGAGGAAGGAUUGGAAUAGGAUGUAAUAAUCUUUUGUUGCUGAGUGACAAACUGCAUGGUUACCUAUCAAGAGGAGCUUAAGCCCAGACUGUAGCUUGAUUGUAUUUUUUGUUUGCUUUAAGCACUUAAGGCAGAACUGAAACCUCCCAAAUACCCCACUUGUCAACUUAAGUGAUUGGACCAUUGCUGAAUGAGCAUGCUAAAAUGUUAAAGAUGCACUAACUACAAAAGCAAUUUAAAAAAAAAAGGUUUUGUAUGCUGUUGGGGUGUAUAUAUUUCAUUUGCUUUCAUGGUCUUUUAUUUAGGUUAUAGACUUAUUGAGUUUCUGAAAGCUUUAUCCUGAAAGUCGAUGUGAGAAAGCUAUAUAAAUAUAUUAUUUUUUGUUCAACUGUGUCACAUUGUGAAGCUUAGAAAUUAGUUCCAGUAACUGGGAAAUAAAAACAUUUUUUUAAGUUUA